GGUGUCAGUUACUUACACACUGCCUCCUCUCCUCAGCUCCACGUCCACUUUAAUACUAUUAACUCUUUUCUCACAGAGGCUUUGGCACAUUUGCUGGAUGAUUUAAGACCCGCAGACCCUCUUGAGGUUUCACUGACAGUUGCACUGUUCUGGAUAUAAACAUGUCGGGGAUGAAUAUCGAUCAGCUGCAUCGGUCCACCUUGGGGAUUUACUCGAGCUUGAUGGACGAGUUCAACCCAAGUCUACAGAAACUGGUCUUACUGGGUAACAGAUACAUCCAAGCUUUCCAGGCUCUUGCUCUGACAAGUGAGGCCUACUUCAGUGCACUUUCAAAGAUUGGAGAGAGGGCUUUUCACACCACAUCCUCCCGCUUGCUAGGAGACGUCCUGAUUCAGAUCUCUGAGAGCCAAAGGAGACUCACUGGGGAGCUGGAUGGAGUAUACCGCCGGUUCAGUACAGAGGUUCUUCAGGAGAUGGACAAUAACAUCAGACUGGACAAAGACUACAUAUCAGGUAGCAGGAAGCAUUAUGAAAUGGAAGUCCACAACCAGGCAGCAGCUCUAGAGAGACAGCUGAGGAGAGGAGCCAACCAGGAUUGUAGUGAGUAUUUGCAGUUCCUCAGGGAGAGCCACGCCGAGGCUCUGAAGGAGGAGGAGAGGCGAUACCGCUUCCUGUCUGAGAAACACUGCGCCCUAAUACAAUCCAUCGCCCACCUCAUGAAUAAGGCAGGAGGUCCCCUCCAGCAGCGAGCUGAUGCCUGGACGGUGGAGGCGGAUGCCACCAGAGUACCUGAGGUCCGACGACCCACUUCAUUGGACAACUCUGUGGAGAUGAGGGAGGAGGACAUGAGAAAGAGCAGAGAGGCGCUGCCCCUCAGCAACAUACCAUCAAGGGCGCCGUCUCCCCAGGGAAGCAUUUCUCGCUCUUCAGGAGGCCGAUACAUGAGGGCCAGGGCGGCCCACCAGCCUAGUGGCUCCAACCACUCCCUGCUGCCCUUCACCAGGGGAGAGAUAAUUACCGUUCUGGUCCAACAGCCCAGGAACGGCUGGUUGUUUGGACGUGUUGACAGCAGUUCACGUCAGGGAUGGUUUCCAGCCACCUAUGUAGAAGCAAUGGAUGAUCCUCCAAUGGCAACCAACUCUGGAAGCUUCUCUCUGCGAAGCAGCAGCAGCAUGAGCAACCUGCUGGACCAACCAGUAGCCCCGCCCCCUCCGCCUCCACCACCUCUAUCUUCAAAUAAACAGCAUGAGAUGCGACCAAUCACAUCGACUCCUGACAAAAGGGCUGAGUCUCAUUCAGAAAACAAGAGAUCAAAACCUCAUGGAUCACAACCAGAACUCUUCCCAAAGGGUACCAACCCAUUUGCCACUGUUAAGCUGAGACCCACGUCCACCGAUGACAGAUCGGCCCCACGUGUAUAUCGAUGAUGACACCUCAACCCUGAAAACAAAUGCUUUCGAUGAGCUUGACAGUUCAUUCUUGACUUUGGAAAUCGCAGGGUAUAUAUGGUCGAAAGUGAGUAAGUGGGCCUUGCGUGAAUGCUUUUCAUACUUUGUCAUACAAUAGAUAUAGAUAAUAGCCAUAGAUACACAUAAAGCUGGAUAAAGAGGACAAAAAUAAAUGUAUAAAUAUUUUAUAAUUUUGGGUUCACACAAGGACUGUAGAUAAAUAUAUAUAUAUAUAAUUAUUUUUUUUUGAUCUUGGUAAACCAACAACCAACAUUGUGUUUCUUUAGGUAGUAAUGGUUUUGUCCUUGUUGACUUU